AUGGAACGUAGAAGACAGGAGAAUGAUCAAUGGGACAAACUGGAACGCGAAAGGCAAUUGACCAAGCGUCUAGCUGUGAUGUCUUGGCUACGAGUCGGCGAUACCUUGAUUGAGGAUGAAGUCGAUAAACUAACAAGGGAUUGCCUUGAAGGAAGUUGUGAUUGGUUUAUUGAACACAACAAAACCAAGUGGUGGAUGAAUGAUGGCACAGCUAACGCCCUACUUUGGUUAUGCGGAAAACCUGGAGCAGGCAAGAGUGUCCUCUGCUCGAAACUCAUACAGUCCAUGGAAGCUAAGAAGCUCAACGUAUUCUACUACUCCUGCAGCUACCUGGAAACUGCCGCUGAGGGUCCUACUCGACUUCUCCGCUCUCUUACAGCACAAGCUGUUCAAAACAAUCCAGACCUCAUCAUAUACAUUCACGACGACUAUAUACCAUCUCAUCCAGUGGCAUCCAGGAGGCCGUUAAUGGGCAUUCUUCCAAAUAUCCUCAUCGACGUCGGUUCUUCACGUCUCAUUAUCGAUGGAAUUGACGAAUGGGACCGGAAGGAGCAAAAACUCAUUCUCAAGGAUGUUCUACAACUUCUCUCUACUGACGCAUCAUCCCAUACCUGUAAAGUCCUUAUAUCAAGCCGGGACGUACCAACGGUUUCUCCGGUUUUACGAAAGAAUUCAAAGACGUCAGUCUCCCUUAGCGAUGAAAGUAGGCAGAGCGCGGAACAGGCCAGUCCAAUCAAUCCAUGGAUUAACUAUAUAGGACUAUGCUUCAUUAGGCACGGUCAAUUCAAUUCAGUAGCGGCGUGA